GAUAAUUUCAAAUGGACCAAUCACCAAUGAGAAAUAUACAUAUAAAAUUAAAAGUACACACAUUGGAAACACAGAUUCCUUGCUCAACUAAACAAAAUAAACUGUAUCUCUCUCUUACACACACAACACACUCUUUCCUCCAUCUCUCUCCAUGAGUUGAGUUCAGUGUGUCGGAAAUACAGAGAGAUGGAGAGAGACUGCAACUAAAUUAAGGUUUUAUAUUAUUUAUUUUGUAAUAAAUCGAAAGUUGUCAGUAUGGGGCAGCAAGAGGGAUUAGAAGAGGCUCCGUUGUUGUUUCUGGCGAAUAAUAAUUCGAAAACAGAGAAAAGGAAGAAGAAGCUGUUGGUGUCCUUCCUUUUUCUUCUACUCCUCGUCCUUGCCUGGCCUGGCGAGUCGAACAUCGUGAAUAGAAGAAGAUUCUCAAUUAGGAAUGAUGAUAUCGAUGUUGUGGAGUCGAAUGAAGCUGUGGUGGCGGCGGAUGACAAACGUUGUUCAGAGAUUGGUAUCUCGAUGGUCGAGAAAGGAGGGCACGCCGUUGAUGCCGCCGUCGCCACUGCACUGUGCCUUGGUGUCGUCAGCCCUACGUCAAGUGGAAUUGGAGGCGGUGCUUUUAUGCUCGUCCGAUCAUCAUCAUCUUCAUCAUCAUCAUCUGCAAUCGACAUGAGGGAAACUGCCCCUGCAGCUGCUUCUCAGAAUAUGUACGAACAAAAUUCGGGAGCCAAAUAUGAAGGCGCCUUGUCGAUGGGCGUCCCAGGCGAGCUGGCCGGGCUACACGCUGCCUGGUCAAAAUACGGGCGUCUUUCCUGGCGGGCCCUUUUCCAGCCCGCAAUCCAGCUGGCAAAAAACGGGUUUGUGGUGGGCCCAUACCUUGGGGCCCGUAUGGCCGGAGUGGAGAAAAAGAUCAUGAGUGAUCCAGGAUUACGGCAGGUCUACGCACCAAACGGGAAACUUUUGAAAACUGGUGAAAUCUGCUAUAAUGUGGAGCUUGGGAACAGCUUAGAGGCUGUGGCUGAACAAGGGCCCGAAGCCUUUUACAAUGGGCCUCUUGGUCAGAAGCUAGUUACUGAUGUGAGGAAUGCGGGUGGGAUUUUGAGUAUGGAGGAUUUGAGAAGCUAUAGAGUGAAAGUGGUGGAUGCGGUUGAGGUGAAUGUGAUGGGGCACACGAUACUAGGAAUGCCGCCGCCUUCUAGUGGGACUGUCGGGCUCUCACUUGUUCUGAACGUGCUGGAGAGUUAUGGCAACCGGGACGCGGUUAAAGGCCCGCUAGGCCUGCACCACCUGAUCGAAGCCCUCAAGCACAUGUUCGCCUUGCGAAUGGAUCUCGGUGACCCUGACUUCGUCAACAUCACUAAAACCGUGUCGAAAAUGCUCUCGCCUUCCUUCGCAAGGAGCAUUCGAGAGAAAAUACUCGAUAACACCACUUUCCCUUCUGAAUAUUACCUCCCCAGAUGGAGCCAGCUAAGGGACCACGGGACAAGCCAUUUUUGUGUGGUGGACUCGGAAAGAAAUGCAGUGUCGAUGACUACAACGGUCAACUACGCUUUUGGGGGCGGCGUGCUGUCGCCUUCGACUGGAAUCGUACUCAACAACGAGAUGGGAGAUUUUUCGAUACCAACCGAUGUGGGACCCGGAGAGCUCCCGCCUACCCCGAGUAACUUCAUAAGGCCGAAUAAGAGGCCGUUAUCGUCCAUGAGUCCCAUCAUAGUCCUCAAGGACAAUCAGUUAGCUGGGGUGAUUGGGGGCAGUGGUGGUUUGGACAUUAUUCCUGCAGUGGCCCAGGUUUUCAUCAACCAUUUCAUUCUUGGGAUGGAACCUCUAAAAGCUGUUCAGAGUCCAAGAGUAUAUCACAAGUUAUUCCCAAAUGUUGUCUCGUACGAGAACUGGACAGUGAUAGAUGGCGAACAUAUUGAGCUUUCGGAAGAGAGGAAGCGAUUCUUGAGGGAAAGGGGCCAUUUGCUGCAGGCCAAAGCAGGGGGAGCUAUUUGCCAGCUGGUGGUUCAGAAUCUUACGAAAUCAGUGGAUUUGGGGAGAAAAUUGGGGAACGGUAAUGUUUUCCGGGGCAUGCUGACUGCUGUUAGUGAUCCCCGAAAGGGCGGCUGCCCUGCAGCUGCAUGAUGUUCACAUUCGUUUGGAACUCGUAUUUUUUAUUCAUUUACGCAAUUUGAUUGGCCGUGAAUGUGAUGCAUGAUCUGUAAGUAUGUAACUAGAUUGUCACAUUAGGAGCUCAGUUGCCCUCACAGUUUGAAUAAGUUAGAGAAAAAAACAGCAAUUAGUGGCACUGCAAAACUCACAACGUGCAAAACUUUAAACUCGAGCGGGAGUCGAAUUCCUUCAUUUUCCACUUUUUGUUUCUUUCUUUUUGUUAUUUUCUCUAGUCACUAUACUCACAACAUUGCCAAAAGGACGAUCCAUAGUUUCAACUGUCAGGUGAAAAAAUUUCAACUUUGCAAGCUCUUUGUGCAAACACAGGGAAAGAG